CCGACCAGACGGCAGCAUCCGACUAGCAGGAUUCAUCUCCCGGACCUACCGGAAGAGUAUAAGGCCAGCGUGCGUAUAAAUGUGUGAAGGUGCAUCAAUGGCGAACCUGUAAAUCUUCGAAUCGUAACAGACGGACCUGCAAAGCUCUUACAACCCGAACAUUUCUAGGAUACGUGAAAAUUGGAAAGACGUCCGCUUGCCCUUGUACUAUCGAUAAUUUUAAUAAAGUGGUUACAAUGAUGAUGCCUGGAGUUUUUGGUUCUAGAAGGUUGCCGGCAUAAUCUGUCAAGUGUACAGUUUAUCAUUUGCGACGCGCACUAACAAGCUUUGAGUAUAGCAACCUAACGUUACUUUCCUUAUCUGUUUUACCCUGCCUGAUGUUUUUCAGCUGUCAAUAGCGGCCGCUGUAAAAAUUUCGCGCGUUUCCCGCAGUUUGAAUAAUUAUUAACGCUGUACAUUUUGGAAUAUUACUGCUGCGAUCGUGGAGUGCGGAGUCCUGUCUUUCAAGCGAAACCCCGUCAGAUGGAGCGAUUCGUCAAAUUUGACACCCUAGACCGACCACCCUACGAGCCAAACAUAAGCGAGAAGUGACUUAAUGUCAGUGCUCAGUGUCGCUUUCGUAUUUAAACGUUUGAACUACUAUCCUUACUUGGCUGGCUCAGACGGCAUCGACAACACAUCGAUGUUCAAUACGUUCUCGUGUCCAUGCGUGAACUGAUUUCUUUUGACUCAUGAUGUUGCAGUGACUGCGCCUAUUUCUCCAAUCUUUUCGUGCCAAAGGUACCUGGCCGUCGAUAUAGGUGAUAGGACCGUCCUGUCAACUGGAUCACGGGUGCCCACUACCGAUACUAUAAUAACUUAGUCGCCUUCCAAUUGCAACAAGUAUAUUACGACUGGAACUACAUCACGGACACGCCCUGUCAGCCGUUCUUGGUCGCUGUCUGUUCGCAUCCUCACUGAUACGCUACUAGAUAUCGGCGGCUAAGCGAAGAUAAGGGCGAUCUAGCUAUUUGCACGCAGGCGCAAGAGCUUUAAGAGGAAAUAAUUAUUGACAAGGCCGCACUAAAAAAUAAGCUUGGUCUGUUUCGGCGUUUUUUGUCGUUGACCGAGGAUGUCACACGGAUGCACGGGCGUGGGUGAUGUUCCGCGAUGAUCGACAAGUCAGCAACGUAGUGUUUAUAAUACGAGCGAGUGUACACUCCGCGCGUCUGCGACUCCUGGCACCGUUCACCCGCUGAUGGUGAGUGAUGACAGCGGCAUUGAGCUCUUCGUAGCCGAAGCCCACAGCCCGGUUGCCUUUGAAGGGAACUGCAAUGGCGACAAUAGCGACGAUUAACUUCGUAACCGAGUGAAGCCACAGAAUUCCUACGAAACAGCGUGUGUCACUUUGGCUGACUUCGAUUCGGUGGCCCACGCGCGGACUCAAGUUGCUGUCGGUAAUAAUAGUCGCCUCAUGCCCCUGGUAGCAAUUCGCUGAUUAACUCUAUUCGCGUCCACCCCAGCCCGGCUUAGAAGAAAACGAGCGGAUGAGUCCGUCGUUGUCUAGUAAUAUUUGAUCUGACUAGCGAAAGUGACUUGAUCGGUCCCUGUAGGCGUGCACGGUGGCAGAAGAGCGGGAAAACCUGGAUCUGCCUCGUUGUUAUUGCUGUCAGCGUACGUAGAAGACAGCAGAACAAGUCAACGGAGGAAAACUCUGUGUUGUCUAUAUGGCCAAAGGCAUCACCUCGUAACUAGCUCUACAAUUAAACCGUCUGUUACAUUAGUUUGCUCCGGAAAAGAAAGAACGAGAAACAACGAGGCAAGGGCUGAAAUUGUCCUAUUAUUCAGUGAUUCUUCCAGUAUUUUUCGCUAUCGCAUCAACACGAGCGGAGCGUGAGGUCAACAACAGAAGAUGUUAAACAAAACGCCAGCAAAAUAGCAAGGUCUGUUAAUGUGGCCCAAGCACUUCUUUCAAUUUGGCUCUUGUCAUCAUUCGUCUUCAAAAACGCAGCCCAUCAUGUUGCUACCGGUCUCAACCUUGUGAAAACAGCGGUUCAAAUUGCCAUGGGUGAAUUAAUUCACGGUGACCCGCUGAUAUCAUUUCAUGGCAGAAACAGACAGUCACGCCAUGACAAGUAACCGUUAAGGCGUCAGCUAGUUCAAUUAUUCGAAAUAACCGUUAACCAAUUAACCAUAGCUAUUGCAGUUGUCCACAUCAGAGGCUGGGCCAUCGUAGAGCACCACUAUGUCCUAUAUUCCACUGGUUAUAACUGAUUAAGGGAUCAAUAUAUUGUUUAUAUGAUAUGAAGAUCAGCAAGCGGUGCUAAGGAAAUACAACACAGUGUCUAAGGCUAUAAGAUGUGGCUUAUAAUUGGACACAUAUUCACAGCUGCUCACAUCUAAUUAUAUAUAUAUAUAUAUAUAUAUAUAUACUACACGAUAAAUCUGGCUAAACAAACAUGGAGCAAUAUGCAUAGUCUGCCAACGAGCUCUUAACUCCAGUAACAGUAGUAGCUAUACAAGGAAUUACUUGUAUCGCCCUGAUUAAAACACGUAGCAGAUAACAUACGACAUAACGUUAAGACGGUUAAACGUGGAGGCGACUUCACGCAGCGACUGUGUCAUAAUUUGUCGUCAAAUCAACAUUUGCAGUAGUAGUAAUCGUAUGAGGAGCAUCAGAUCAGUAGCGACAGCUACAAAAUCGACAUCGUUACUGAAAUCAUCAUCACUCAGAACGGCCUCAGCUAUCAGUAUAUUUGUUUGCGUGUGUGUAUUUUUGUGUUUGGUAACCAUCGUUCAAGAACGUCUGUUGAGGUAUUUACCUUGUAGUCGGCCAGUUUUGCUCCGCGGUCUUCUGGUGGCUGGACCCCGCGGCUCGUUGAUGUCGUUUUAGCACAAAUCAAGUACGCGCAUCCAGACGUCAGACUGCGGUACCGACCCGUUGUAAGCGCCGGUUAAUUUAGCCGUCUGCGGGUAACUGUCGCUUUGCUUACCCUCUUGAAUUCUUGUUUUCUCGACUAUUUAGACGACAUUUAGCGCACCGCCUACACAGCCGUCCCAACGUCGGGCGUGAUGGAGGCGCUAACGGCACUGCAGAAUGUGUCAGUCGAUAGUGUCAUCCGACUGGCGAACGACGAACACGUCUAUUUACAAGAUCUGUUAAGCAACUGCACGAAUGGUAAAUUCAAUAUGUCAGAACCCCUCAAUCUACGGAUACUGGCCGAAGACCCACAAAUGGCACAGGUUCUCUCUAACUGUUCGCUCAUGGAGUUCAGCAACACGGAGGCGCCACUGGCGAUGGUGCGAAUCACUACGAUCCUAUACUUAAUCAUCUGCCUUGUCGGAUUGUGUGGUAACUCGCUUGUGAUCUACGUAGUGUUCCGAUUCUCGAAAAUGCAAACCGUGACUAAUAUGUACAUCUUCAAUUUGGCGCUUGCCGACGUGAUGUUUCUGUUCGGACUGCCGUUCCUCAUUACGACAAUGACCACUCGAGACUGGAUAUUUGGCCAAGCCAUGUGCAAGAUUUACAUGACGACAACAUCAAUCAACCAGUUCACAUCGUCACUUCUGCUUACGGUGAUGUCUGCGGAUCGUUAUAUAGCCGUUUGUCAUCCGAUUUCAUCGCCGAGGUAUCGGACGCCAUUCAUCGCUAAAUUCGUUUGUCUCACUGCGUGGACGGUGUCUGCCCUACUCAUGGUCCCCGUGUAUCUUUACGCUACUGCAUUCGACAUACCUAAAGAAAGCACCGAUGGCUCGGUAUCGUCGCGGAAAGUUUGCAACAUAUACUGGAUGGACACCCCUUCUUUAACGGGUCAGACGGCGUUUACCUUGUAUUCGUUUUUUCUCGGAUUCGCUAUCCCGCUGGUUCUCAUACUUGUCUUCUAUUUUCUCGUAAUCUUCAAACUCAGCAAGGUGGGCCCGAAGACGAAAUCGAAAAAUAAGAAGCGCUCUCAUCGAAAAGUAACCUACCUAGUCCUGACCGUGAUCACGUGUUACAUCUUCUGCUGGCUUCCAUAUUGGGUUGGGCAAAUCAUCAUCAUACUACGACCACCAUCUUCGAAUGUACAGCGGUCACAAUUUCAGGUGGCCGUGUUUCUCUUAAGUGGCUGUCUUGCUUACGCCAACUCGGCCAUCAACCCAGUACUCUAUGCCUUUCUCAGCGAUAACUUUAAGAAGAGUUUUACCAAAGCGUUCACCUGUGCGAGCAAAAAAGAUGUGAAUGCACAACUCCACGUGGAGAACUCCGUGUUCCCAGGCGGUCGCACCCGCGGAGGAUCGACGCGUGGUCCCAAUGGGGCCUCGGGAACCAAUGGAACACGAAAUGGCGGUGCCCUACCAGGAGCUUUACCUAAUGGGAGCAAUCAGCUCGGAGCCGGUCUGCUCACAGUACACAAACAUCUUGGGAUCAGUCUCACCACAGGGCCUGACAUUGACUUAUCAACCAAUUGCACACGAAGCGACCACUGCGGCCAAAUUGGGGAACCUGGAAACGGUGAAGAGGAAAGGACUCCGUUAAAGUUACCUACGGCGAGGGUUUAGACCGGGUGUCUAGGCUGUUACCAUGUGUUCACUGCGCCAGGACCUCGUCAUGGCUAUCACAGCUAGUUAUGUAUCUACCUAUAGAAAUCAUAAAUUAGUAUUGUUUAUAUCGACAAUUUGUCUCACGAAGGACCGCCCGUAUAAAAUUACGUCCCGCUGGUGAAGGACUUGCGUACCUAAAAAACAGUUAUUUAAUGGCUUUAGUGAUGUUAACGGAAAAGGUUGAUUAUUACAGAAGGAGACAGGGUGUCUUAAAGCGAAACAAAUCUGCAAUGCUAGAUAGUUCUAGCAUGAACUGCAGGAAAAAAGAAGUUCCGUUAGUGUCCGGACUUCUUCCGGCAUCUAUAUACAUACUAAAGAUGUACAGAUGUAAAGCGAUAUAGUUAACGUUACUCAUGGUC